AUGACCAGGAAGCGCCUGUCCCCGGUCACUAUUGCCGCGAUCGCGGUGCUAUCCGCCGCCUCCUCCCUCGCUCCCCCGACCCCCACCCUCGCCCAGGACGCCCCCCCGCGCUUCUCCGACGACCUCUUCGGCAGCCUCCGCUACCGCUACGUCGGCCCCUCGCGCGGCGGCCGCGUCACGGCGGUGGCGGGCCACCGCGCCCACCCCUCCACCUUCUACAUGGGUGCGACCGGCGGCGGCGUCUGGAAGACGACCGACCGCGGCCACAACUGGCGCAACAUCUCCGACGGCUAUUUCGGGACAGGCUCGAUCGGCGCGAUCCGGGUGGCGGACUCGGACCCGAACAUCGUGUACGUGUCGACCGGUUCGGACGGCAUUCGCAGCAACGUCAUCAUCGGUGAUGGGGUCUACAAGUCCACCGAUGCGGGCGAGACAUGGCAGCACCUCGGCCUGGAGCUCACCGGCAACAGCGGCGCGGUCCUCAUCCAUCCCGACAACCCCGACCUCGUCUACGUGGCCGCGAUCGGCAACCCCUUCGCGCCCAACCCCGACCGCGGCGUCUACCGCAGCCGCGACGGCGGCGCGAACUGGGAGAACGUCCUCUUCGUCUCGGACAGCACCGGCGCGGUCGACCUCGAGUUCGCCCCCGACGACCCGAACACCGUCUACGCCAGCAUGUGGCGCGGCGAGCGCAAGCCCUGGACGAUCAUCUCGGGCGGGCUGGAGGGCGGCAUCUACAUCUCGCGCGACGGCGGCGACACCUGGAGCCAGGCCACCGACGGCCUCCCCACCGGCCUGCGCGGGCAAGCGCCCCCCGACACCGGCGGCGUCUACCGCUCCGACGAUCGGGGCGCCACCUGGCGUCAGGUCACCGAUUUCCAGCCGAUCCUCAACCGGCCCUUCUACUACAUGAAUCUGGAGGGUCAUCCCACCGAUCCCGACAUCCUCUGGGGGAUGGCCGAGGGCCACUGGAUGAGCACGGACGGCGGACGCAGCUGGCAGCCCCGCUCCACGCCCCACGGCGACAACCACGACCUGUGGAUCAACCCGGACAACCCGGACAUCAUGGUCCAGUCGAACGACGGCGGCGCCAACGUCUCGAUCGAUGGCGGCCAGACCUGGUCCACCCAGCUGAACCAGCCCACCGCCGAACUCUACCAGGACAAUUCCACCAUUUCCGUGCCCAGCCUGCCGGAACGCUCGGAGCCCGGCGGCCCACAGUCGGCCUGGGAAUCCCACGGCGGCUGCGAAACCGGCCCGGUGGUCCCCAAACCCGGCGACCCCGACAUCGUCUACGCCAACUGCAAGGGCCGUUUCGGGCUCUACAAUCGCAGAACGGGACAGGAGCAGCACUACUACGUGGGCAUGGCCAACCUGUACGGGCACAACCCCAAGGACCUCGAAUACCGCUUUCAGCGCGUCGUCCCCAUCCACGUUUCGCCCCACGAUCCGAACAAGGUCUACCACGGCUCGCAGUUCGUGCACGUCACCACCAACGGCGGCCAGCGCUGGGAGACCAUCUCGCCCGACCUCACCGCCUUCACCCCGGAAACCCAGGUCGUUUCAGGACAUCCGAUCACCCUCGACGUGACCGGCGAGGAGCACUUCUCGGUCCUCUACGACAUCCAGGAGUCGGUGCUCGAGCCCGGCGUGAUCUGGGCGGGCGCCAACGACGGUCCCGUGCACGUGACCCGCGACGGCGGCGCCAACUGGGACGACGUGACGCCCCCCGGGAUCGGCCCGUACGGGCGCGUGCAGACGAUCGAAGUGUCCCAUCACGACCCCGCGAAGGCCUAUGUAGCCAUUCUUCGAUACCAGCUGGGCGAUUUCGCUCCGUACACCUACCGCACCGAGGACUACGGCGCCACCUGGACCCGCAUCACGACCGGCGAGAACGGCGGCCUGCUCUACCUGGGCACCGAGUUCGGGAUGUUCAUCUCCUUCGACGACGGCGGCACCUGGCAGCCCUUCCAGCUGAACCUUCCGGUGACGCCCGUCACGGACAUGAAGGUCGUGCACGGGGACCUGGUUUUGUCGACGAUGGGCCGGGGCUUCUGGAUCAUGGACAACCUCACGCCGCUGCACGAACUGGACGACCGUGUAGCCAGCGCUAGCGCACACCUUUACGAGAUCCGCGACGUACACAGGCUGCGUUACGGCGGUGGCUUCGGGGGGCGCGGCGGGGUCCGGCCGAGCUAUCCGCAGGCGGGCGCCCAAAUCGACUAUGUGCUGUCCGACGCUGUGACCGGUCCGCUCACCCUGGACAUCGUGGACGCGGAGGGCGUUCUGGUCCGCUCCAUCUCGAACCAGGGGCCUGGCGAGUACACCGUGCCGGCCGAGCCCGGCAUGCGCGAGUGGCGCCUGGAACGAUUCGGGACGCCGCGGCUGCCGGACGGCGCAGGGACGCAUCGCUUCACCUGGGACCUGUCCCAUCCGGGUCCGUGGGCCCCCAACCCGGGACGAUCCGGGCGCGGUGGCCCCAUGGUGCCGCCCGGGACAUAUACGGCGCGUCUGUCGGCCGGGGACUGGAGCGCCAGCCGUACCUUCGAGGUCAUGCUCGACCCGCGCGUCGCGGCCGAGGGGAUCGACGAGGGGCUGGUGCGUCGGCAGGUGGACUUCGCGCUCGAGGUACGGGAUGCCCUGAGCGAGGCCAGGCUGGCGGUGCAUCGCAUCGAGGAGGCGCGGGAGCGGGGCGGGGGCGAACUCGCCUCCGAGAUCGAGGCGGUGGAGAAGGAACUGGUCUCGGAACCGCGCCGCUACUCGCGCCCCAUGCUGGUCGACCAGCUCCAGUACCUCCGCGGCGCCAUCCCGAUGAUGCGUGAGCGGGGUGGCGGCGCGAUCGUCUUCGUUUCAUCGGUCUUCGGGCGGGAGAAGGGCGGUCCGGGACUGUCGAUCUACAACACGACCAAGUCGGCGCUGAUCUCGGCCGCGGGGAUCAUGGCGCUGGAGCUGGCGAAGGAUGGCAUCCGCGUGAACUGCGUCGCACCGGGAUCGAUUCGCUUCGAGGGGGGCAGCUGGGACAAGCGGGUGAAGGCCGACCCGGAUGGGAUGCGUGCCUUCGUGCAGGCGAAUCUGCCGCUUGGGCGUUUUGGGCGGGCGGGGGAGGUGGGGGACGUGGUCGCGUUCCUGGCGUCCGAGCGUGCCAGCCUGAUUACCGGGGCGUGUAUUGCGGUGGAUGGGGCGCAGGGGAAGUCGCUGGUGUGA